GGACUGUUCAACUACGAUAGUACCACGUCGACAAGCUUCCAAAUCGUCAAUAACAACAAAAUCGCAGGCUGUAGGAUUCGGUGAGUUGGUGUAUUUCCACGACUCAAAUCGUAGUAAGGGCGAGGCUUCUUUGUCCUAUCUCUCUAUUUGGCUGCUUUCGGCGAGUUCCAAUUGUGAGAGGGCAGGGAGCACCAGCUGGGCAAAGGCGGUGAGGGAAGCUGUCUAGAAUUUUGCCAAAGACGGGACAGAAAAGCCCAGGUGCUGCAAGCUUUCGCCGUGCCUGAGGUGCCUGGAUCAAGAGCUGCCCCUCAUCCACACGAUCACCGGUCUAACCGAUACUCUUCAUACUGCAACCCACUGCCCUUUGCUUUUCGCCAAGAUACCGUCGGUGCCAUGUCCUCGUUCAGCCCCACCCAGAUCUUCGAAGAGGGCACGACAGAGGAAAAGGGCGAGAAUGCCCGCCUCACUGCCUUCGUAGGUGCCAUCGCCGUUGGCGAUUUGGUAAAGAGCACGCUCGGGCCGAAGGGCAUGGACAAGAUCCUGCAAUCCGCGUCGACGGGCGAGAUCAUGGUCACAAACGAUGGUGCUACAAUUCUCAAGUCCAUUGCGCUCGACAAUGCCGCUGCAAAGGUUCUUGUCAACAUCUCCAAGGUCCAGGACGAUGAGGUUGGCGACGGCACCACCUCGGUUGCCGUGCUCGCCGCCGAGCUACUCCGCGAGGCCGAGAGGCUCGUCGACAAGAAGAUCCACCCUCAGACCAUCAUCGAGGGCUACCGGAUAGCCAGCCAGGCUGCGCUGAAGGCUCUGGAGGAGUCGGCAGUGGACAAUAGCAAAAGCCCGGAGGCGUUCAAGAAGGACCUCAUCGCCAUCGCACGGACAACGCUCAGUUCCAAGGUGCUCGCCCAGGACAGGGACCAUUUCUCUAGGCUAGCGGUCGAUGCUGUCCUGCGAUUGAAAGGCUCAUCUGAUCUCAGCCACAUCCAGAUCAUCAAGAAGGCGGGCGGCAAGCUUAGCGAGUCAUACUUGGACGAGGGCUUUAUACUGGACAAGAAGAUCGGUGUCAACCAGCCGAAGCGUCUCGAGAAGGCCAAAAUCCUUGUCGCCAACACAUCUAUGGAUACCGACAAGGUCAAGAUUUUUGGUGCCCGACUGAAGGUGGGAUCGACCAGCAAGCUAGCAGAGCUCGAGAAGGCCGAGAGAGAGAAGAUGAAGGCAAAGGUUGAGAAGAUCAAGGCGCACGGUAUCAACUGCUUCAUCAACCGGCAACUCAUCUAUAACUGGCCCGAACAGCUCUUUACAGAUGCCGGCAUCAUGUCGAUCGAGCAUGCCGACUUUGACGGCAUUGAGCGGCUGGCUCUCGUUACGGGCGGCGAAAUUGCCUCAACCUUUGAUCAUCCAGAGCAGGUUAAACUGGGACACUGCGAUCUAAUUGAAGAGAUUAUGAUAGGCGAGGACACGCUGAUCAAGUUCUCGGGCGUGGCUGCGGGCGAAGCAUGCACCAUCGUGCUCCGCGGCGCAACUGAUCAGUUGCUUGACGAGGCAGAACGCAGCCUGCACGACGCCCUGGCUGUUCUGUCCCAGACGGUCAAGGAGCCGCGUACAACAUUAGGCGGAGGCUGUGCCGAGAUGGUGAUGGCCAAGGCUGUCGAGGCCGCCGCGACGCGGGUCGAGGGCAAGCGGCAAACGGCAGUUGCGUCGUUUGCCGUCGCACUGCGCCAGCUGCCCACUAUCCUUGCCGACAAUGCCGGGCUUGAUUCGGGUGACCUGGUUGCCCGCCUCCGCAAGGCAAUCUAUGACGGCAUGACGACGUAUGGUCUUGAUCUGAUGACCCCUGGCGGUGGAAUUGCCGAUAUGCGGGAUCUCGGCGUGGUUGAGAGCUACAAGCUCAAGAAGGCGGUGGUGUCGUCGGCCAGUGAGGCCGCUGAGCUCCUCUUGCGUGUAGACGACAUAAUAAGAGCGGCUCCGAGAAGGCGGGAAAGGCACUGA